AUGGUCACCCACAGCAAGUUCCCCGCCGCCGGGAUGAGCCGCCCCCUCGACACCAGCCUGCGCCUCAAGACAUUCAGCUCCAAGAGCGAGUACCAGCUGGUGGUGAACACCGUGCGCAAGCUGCAGGAGAGUGGAUUCUACUGGAGCACGGUGACUGGCGGUGAAGCCAACCUGCUGCUUAGCACCGAGCCUGCAGGCACCUUCCUCAUCAGGGACAGCUCGGACCAGCGGCAUUUCUUCACCCUCAGCGUCAAGACAGAGUCAGGCACCAAGAACCUGCGCAUCCAGUGCGAGGGUGGCAGCUUCUCCCUGCAGAGUGACCCUCGCAGCAGCCAGCCUGUGCCCCGCUUUGACUGUGUGCUCAAGCUGGUACAUCACUACAUGCCACCUGCGCCCGUCCCUGAGCAGCCAGGGGGGACUCUGCACCCCAAACGCACCUACUACAUCUACUCUGGCGGUGAGAAGAUCCCCUUGGUGCUGAGCCGCCCACUCUCCUCUAGUGUCUCCACCCUGCAGCACCUCUGCCGCAAGACCGUCAAUGGGCACCUGGACUCCUAUGAGAAGAUGACUCAGCUGCCAGCUCCCAUCAAGGAGUUCCUGGACCAGUACGAUGCCCCUCUCUAA